AUGCUGUCCUGCCAAGAUCUGAGCUUUGCUGGAGGGCAGCGCUACGACUGCCCGUACUCCGCCACGGCGUCAGCUGAUGGUUGUGUUGAUGUUUCCACGGCAACGCUCGUCUCCCUCUGGGACGCCGAUCCCCUGGACAACGCUGCCCGCCAGCACGAGCCGCCGCAGCGGGAUUCACUGCCUGCACCUGAGCAUGGACUGGGAUGUCACCCCACCUGGUCUGAUCAACUGUCACCUCAGCUUCAACGAAACAAACAGCUUCAAGACACAUUAAUGCAGAGAGAGGAAGAGCUGGCCAGACUACAAGAAGAGAACAACAAACUCAAGGAAUUUCUGAACUCAUCGUACGUGAAGUCUCUGGAAGAAAAAACUAAGAAACUGCUUUCUAACUGUAAGGUUCCAGAUGGGUCAAGACAUAGGAAGAGAACACAUGGCAAUUUCCGGAACCUGGGCGAGUUGCUUCACAGCGGCGAGGGAAAGCGCACCUGCCGCAAUCUCUCUUUAGAGUUCUGCUCUGCAGAAGAACUUGCGGCCACUCCACCUCUGGACUCUUGGAUACUGGAGACUCUAGGUCUACGAGACGAGAACACAGUUGAUCCAGAACAUAGCUUUAUGAGCCAAAUUACUGACCACAAUCCCUCCUUCAACUGUUCACUCACUAAACAGGAUGAUUAUGGUACUGGAACCAUGAGCAAUUCAGUUAACUUCAGCUCCAAUGCUGAAACACAGUGUGAAUACAGUAGCAUCAUAGACUCAUUCAGCAACUGCAGUAUGGACACCUCUAGUGGCUACAGCACCUCUCAGAGCUUGGCUUCAGAGUAUACAACCCUAGACCCCUCAGCUUUGUACACCAUCACUUCAACAGGGUCACUGGUUAGUUCUCUACCCAUAAUGGCCACUGCUCAACACUUCACCCCACCACGGGCUGCGUCUACUCCUUGCCGGCCCAAAGACACAAGCCCUGGUCCACACUACAACACACCAGUAUGUGGGUCCUCCAGUCCACGAGGGGGCGAUGGUCAGCUUUUCUCCACACCUCAUGUGUCCCGUAGCAGGACAGAUUUGGCAUUUAGCAUGUCACUAAGUCCCCAAAAUAGUGUCAAAACGCACAGUUUCCCUCAAGGACAAGCGUUCACACGUAGAGAUGCAGAAGGUGGAUGGAACUUCACCUGGGUGCCCAAACAGUGUUCCUAAAGACAUUUUCAAGAAUUGUAAGAGAAAAAUGUUUUUUUAAUUAUUAUUUUUAGGAUGGACGGAUAACACAUUAUACCCCAUAAUUGCUCGAAGCAGAAAUCUUUUUUCAAGAAUUUUUUAUAAAAUGUAGGGGUAAAUACACCAUAACUUUAUAGCUUUGUGGUAUU